AUGUCAGAUUCUGAUUCGCAAAAAUAUCUAACAAUAAGAAAUGAAAUAGAUGUAUUUGUAUUAGCUCGUAAACAAUUAGAAGAACGGCGAAAAAUUGACGAGGAACAAGAACAACGUUGGGCAAUUGUUGCUAGAAAGAAAAUGAAUCAAGGCUCGGGGAACGAAAAACAAGAUUUGAAUAAUACAAAAUCAAUAGCAGGUUUAGAUGAUUCUACUUUAAUAUUCUGUGGAGCACCAAAUUCAGGUAAAUCAACGUUAUUAUCUCGUUUUAUUGAAUUUGGCGGUGCUCCUUCAACAUCAUUUCGUCAACAACCUACUGAAAAAAGUAUUGCUCUUGAAUAUAAAUUUGUUAACAAAAUACUAAGAGGAAGUAGUCGUCAGUUAGUUCAUUGCUGGGAAUUGGCUGGUGGUGGUUCAAUGACCAAUUUGUUAGAAAUCCCUUUUAAUCAACCUUCUAGGAUCGCUUCUAUAUUGCUUUUUGUUGAUUUGACAAUGCCUGAACAAUUGCAACAAAUAACUGAUCCAAUUAUGACAUUUUGUCAGAAGCAAGUUGAGAAAUGGAUGAUAACAGAUAUAGAGCCCCAACAAAUAAAAGAAGAGUCGAAAAUUAUAAAGCCUCUUGGUAUUCCAUUAGUACUUGUAUGUGGACGUUAUGAUGACUUCCAGACAUUUAGUGCACGAAUAGAUUCUUUAAUGCAAAAGGCACUUUUAUUGCUUUCAAAUGCAGUUUUAGAUGUGCCUUUCCCAAGAACAUUUGCAACUGAUCCUCAACAGCCUCUUUUUGUAUUACCAUAUGGAAUUGACUCUUUUGAGAAAAUUGACCCUUCAGAAGAAUCUUUAAUUAAUUCUAUAAGUUCAUAUAGUGAAGCUAUGUUUAAUUAUAUACAAUCAUUAAAUUCUGCUUUCCCUCAACUACAGCAACAAAUUGAUGAUGCUGGAGGAGGUGAGCGAGAUAGACGACAACAAUUCGAUGAACCUAGAAUUGAUGCAUUUGUAGAGGAAAGAAUGAGGAAAUUAGAAUUGCAUGUUAGAGAAUUGCAAGAUAGGUUAAAAACAGAGAAAAACUUGGAAAAUCGACAAAAUAUUUAA